CACAGGCGGGAUAAUUUUGCUUUCAAUACUUAACAGUUUUCGAUGAAGAACGGAUCCACAACCGAUUAUUCCAUUUAUUGUCAGGAUCAGCUCGACUAUCUUCUAAGGAAGAGAGAGACGCCGGCAGGACUGAUUUUCAACGUAAGGCAUUAGUGGAGCAUUGUGACCCGAUGAAUUUUAUUCAGUGAAAGAUGUUUCAUCAUGGUGAUAAAGGAGGCAAGAAAUCUGCGUUUGGACAUCCUGUCUACGGCCAGAUUGCUCUCUCGAUUAUCCUCCUCCUCCUUCCUUUUCUGGUCACCGCCUUCCCGGUUAACACAGUAGUUGAGGAGUUCUGCAAGGAUCCUGGUGUUCCUGAGCACGGAAUCAGAACUCCAAACAGUGGUGUGUUCUUUGAAAACUCGGUGGCCAGAUUCUCUUGUGUGGAUGGUUAUAGCUUAAAGGGGCCAGCCAAGAUUAUCUGCACGCGCUUCCAUAAUGGAUCGGUAGGCUGGAAACCAAGCCUUAAACCAGUGUGCCUUUCAGAAGAUUGUCUUCCUCCAUUCAUCGAGGAUGCUGAUGUCACAAAUAAGACGUACAGGCCUGGUGACAGCCUCAUUAUUAGCUGUCAUGAGGGAUUUCAGAUCCGAUACCCUGACACAGAAACUAUGGAAUCAGUCUGCCAGGCAGAUGGGACAUGGGAUAAUCAGCCAACCUGUCAAGGCUGCCUCCGGCCGCUGAUACCUCCACACAGUUACAUGAACAUCUCAGAAACAGAGUUCUCUGUGCCUGUUGGGACUGUGGUCCACUACCAGUGUUUUCCUGGUUACAAGUUGGAAGGACCUAAACUUCUGGAAUGCAUGUAUAACCUCAUCUGGUCGAACACGCCACCCCGGUGCCUUGAUGUUACAGCAUGCUCUUUACCCCCGAUGAUAGAACAUGGAGAUUACAUGUGCCACCCACAGCCAUGUGACCGCUACAUUCAUGGGACGGUCGUAGAAUACUACUGUUAUCCUGGCUACUCUUUAGCGAAUGACUACAAGUACAUCACCUGCCAGUACGGACAAUGGUUUCCACAAAUGCAGUUUUACUGCAUCAAAGAUGAGACAACCUGGCCUGGUUUUCAAGACUCUGUACUAACCACAUGGAAAGUAGUGGCUUGUACAGCCACUAGUGUGCUGCUAGCUCUGCUCUUGGUGAUCACAGGCAAGAUAUUCCACUUCAAAUGCAAAUCCCAGCAAAGUCCAAGUGAAGAGCAAGAUGAAAGCCGUGAUCCUAACAUCUUGGUUAUAGAUGGUGUUGCUGUACCACUUCCCUCUUAUGAAGAGGCUGUUAGUGGUACCUACAGUCAGCCCCCAAACGAUCUGUCCCCUAUUGGUGUGGGGAGCUCACAGCAUUCAGAAGAACAAAACCCACCUUCAUAUCCUGGGCAUACAGGGAGUCAUAAUGGUGUGCCGUCGGACACUGGAGAGGCUGAGACCUGUGAUAGCAUCUCGGACACAUCAGAAUGUCUUCAAGGCAUACAGCCAUCUUCUUCCCGUGCUGGUGGCCUCAAUAACAUGUCUGAGAAAACCAAUGCCAUCACCUCUAUGGAGGAGACCGCCUCCACAAGCCCCAGCAUAGACAUUGCAGAUGAAAUUCCUCUCGUGGAGGAUGGUGAAGCGGACUACUGAUUGUUACCUUUAACUGAAAAUGGGACACUUGAGAUUGUUUCACUCCACUGUUGAUUAUUUCAUUGUUCAUUUCUGAUUUUGUUGAACAACAUGGCACAGGCCAAAUUACUGCUCAUAAGGAAUUAUUGCACACAUAUUUAAUGAAGAGCACAGCAGGUAAAGAUAGGCAAUAAAAAAAAAUAAUAAUAAUAAUCAAAACUAAAUAAAUUCCCAUUUCAUGUUCAUGAAGGAACUAUGCCUUAGACCAUAGCAUAUUGUUAAUUUAACUCUCCCACAAUACAUAACACAAGUAUUAUAAAUUAUUUUUCUUGUGACUUUCACUUGGCAACUGCGCUGCAUUCUGGCCAGCUUUCAAAUGGUAUGGACUGUAACGAUGAAUAUUUCUUAAAUAAAUAAUAUGUUAACUUUAUAUUUGGGUUUACUUUGAUUUCGGUUAAGUGCAUUCAUCCAGGUGAACUAGGAACAAGCCCAAGGCAGGUGAACUGCAUACAUUAUGACAAGCUGACAACAUAGCCUGCAAAGUUGGACUAUAUUGGUUUAUAACACACAUAUAAGCAAGUUUAAUUUUAACAGACCACAAAUAUAGUUUAGAGCACAGCUCUAACAAGAUGUCUUUUUAAAUUGAUUUGAAAAAGGGGAAGAAAAAACACUGCUAACAUGGGCAGAUAAAAGUAGCAUUUACAUUUAAAUUUCUUAGAGGCAGAUAAAAUACAGAAUGAGAAGUCUCUUUAGGUGCAGCAGCACAUUAGACUCUUUCCAGUUCAUGUGGCUGGAUCGCUGCUUAUAGAUGGAUUAUGAGGAAUGUCAUAAACUGAAAGCUAUCUUUCAAUGUGCCUGUCAUUGAAGAGCAACAGAUGGCUUAUGCAUCUGUGAUACAGACUUUCUUCUAAAGACAUUAGCCUACACAAUAACAUUGUGCAGCUUUGAAAGUUAGCCAACUAAGCAAGCAAGAAUUUGGAUAGCUACCUGUUA